UCACUGGCCCACUUUAUGGUCAGGAUUUUCAUUCCAUGGCGGCAUAGCUCCGCUCUGUGGGUGUCAGACCCAGGCCCGAGUCUGAAGCGUCCACGUGCGUGGUGAAAGGGCAACCAAAGUCUGAGUUUCUUAGUACUGGUGAGCUUGUGAGCACUUGCUUUAGUGUCUGGAAUGCUUGCUCUGAUGCUUUGGUCCGAAUAUUCUGUAAUACCCCACCAACCCCAAGAAGGCACAUGUCUGUCACUUGGACGUGGGUCGUGGGUAUUCUUUGACUGCCUUGAUUUUCUUUUCCUGAGGUUUCAACAGCCCUCAGAUGCGGUAGCCCAGGUACUGUGCCUCUGUCAGCCCCAUAUGGCACUUUAGUGGGUUCGCCAUUAGUCCCACACUUCGGAGUUGGAAUAAGUGGUUCGACCAUGUGUAUGAGUGGAUUAUGGAUUAGUGGAUUAUGACAUCAUCCAUGUAUGGUGCUUUGAAUUGUCAUUGCCGCAGGACAAUGUCCAUGAAUCUAUGCAACGUCCGAGGUGCUCCGUGGAGCCCGAAAGGGAGACCCCGGUACUGUCAGUGGCCACUGCUGUAUGUGCUGAAUGUGGUUUUGGGCUUUGCUUCUGGGGUUCUUGGCUCUCCCCAGACGCUCCAUGAAGUCGUCCGCUCAGGAAAGGGGGUGGCUUUCAAACUCCAAUACUUCAGUUUUUGGAGGUCAUUUCAGACCCUUAGGCAUCCGUCUGGCUUUGGGAACCACUACGAUGGGGUCGGAGCAGGGGCUGGCAGACUCUUCAAUAAUUCCAUCCCGUAGUAUCUUAGGCAACUUCGUCCUCAGUAGCCUGGCGGCAGGCCUCUGGGACUGUGUAUGGCCUCUGCCGAAUCACCACUCCAGGUGGGGUCUUGAUGUCAUGUUGUAUCAGCUGUGUGCCCAAGCUCCUUUGAGAACUCGUCUGCAAACUGGUCCACUAGUUCCCCCAAUUCUUUGCCUCUUUUGCCAGAUCUAACAGUCCCCUUGUUGUCUUUCCAAACAGAAGUUCAAAAGGGGUGAACCCAGUGUAGGCCUGUGGUGUUUUGUAUACUAAGAAAAGGACAUAGGGCAGGAGGAGGUCCCAGGUCCUCUCGUCCUCAUCUACCACCUGACGCAGCAUUCUCUUCGAUGUCUGGUUGAAUCUUUUGACAAGGCCAUCUGUCUGUACGUGGUAGACGGACAUCCUGAUUUGCCUCACCUGCAGCAGCCAACAGAGAUCAGACAUUAACUUUGAAACAAAGUGUAUAUACAUGAUAAUAUACUCAUGUCCCUUGGCCAGUUUUGACAGUGGCCCCGCAAGGUCCAUUCUUACCCUUUCAAAGGGCCAAUGAUGGAGAGUGGGAUGAGGGGGGCAGGUACAGGCAUCUUAGGGGAGGUGCGCUGACAUUGGGGCAGGAAUUCCACACUUCUGCGUACGUGCCCAGCCAGUGAAAGUGGUCUUGAAGCUUCUCAAUAGUGUUGCAGAGCCCCAGGUGUCCUCCACGUAGGGGGGAGUGCCAAUUUUAGACCUACUGUUUUUAUAAAAGGAAAUACAGUAUGUUACUGUUGUAAUGUGUCUGUAUUUUUUACAGUGUAGGGACUACCAGAAGAUCGCAAGCUUGUCCACGCCACUCGGUGUGGUAGUAUAGCAGGCCAUUUUUGAUCAGGAAGUAGGUGGGGGGCUCCCCGCAACCCUGUGUAGGAUAAGUGGCACAGAAAAUUGAUGGAUGGAUGGAAGUUCUAGGUCCUCUCAUUCUCUGAGAGAGAGCGGACUUCUCUACACGUUUGGCGAUGGCCGUCACGGGAAAUUGGCUCUAGGAGAGGAGUACUUUGCCAACCAGUUCAAACCAACAUUGUGUCCACGAUUCCUCAAAUAUAAUGUGCAGGAUGUUACUUGUGGUGGGUGUCACAUGCUAGUGUUGGCUAAACCUCGGCUCAAAAGGUCUGAAGAUAUGAUCGUAGAGGACGAUGAUGUGACUGAAGACCAUCUGGAGAAGUUGCUCAGGGAGGCGGAGUCUCGAUGCGGUCUGAACAGAAGUCUCUCAGCCCGGGAGAGACGCAGGGAGAGGCAGCGCUCUCCAGAGCAGUUUGGGAUGAUGUUCCGGACUCUUCCACCUCUUAGUUCAGGUCACCUUAAUGUGUCUCUACCUGCUUCUGGUCAGACUUUACCCUCACAACUAAACAAGAGAACCAUGAACGGCUUCCAGAGGAAUGGCCUUCUCAGCCGCACCGGCAAGGUCACAGAAGAACAUGAAGUAGAAGGGAAGACUCCUGAUGAAAACUAUGAGGAUAAUGAAAGUGUGAAAGAUUUGGGUGAAACCUCUGAUUUAUUAAAUUUAACUCAUGUAAUGAAGAUGGAUCCUGGUGAGAAGACUAUUACUUUAUCUCCUGUUCAGAAGAAGAAGGUUAAAGCUGGGGGAAAACGCAGUAAGGAGGUGGAGCGACUUAUACAAGACUCUGCCCCUGAUAAUGGGUGGGCGGGGCUUAGUUCAAGCAAGGCCCAGCCCACUGAGUUACUAAGAAGUGCCAGUGGCAAAUCACAGUUUGGGGAACAUCAACGUCCUAGCAUUCCGUACCAAAGUUCCCAGAGCUGGGACAGUGAUAAAGGGAAUGCUAUGAAGGAAAGUAGUCUUAUAAGGCAUACAGUUAGGAAACGUAGAGCUAAAACAGAGAGCCAGACAAAGUCUAAGUCUAAGCCUGACUCGCAAAGGCAAUUAAUUGGGUUUAAGCCUAAAGCUAGAGCCCAGCCAGGUCAAGAGGAUGUGUGCAAGUCUGAGGUAAAAGCACAUCCAAGUAACAUAAAAGGAGAGAAGGAGUCAGAGGAAGAAGUUUAUGAAUCAGAAGAAAAAGCUAAUCAUUUUAGACAAGGGGAUUUAGACAAAUCAGGAUCCGAAAAAAGGUCCGUGAACAAAAGACAUGGACAAGCCAUUAAGGAAAGAAGGCAGGAGCUGCCUGGAGAGUUUUCUGCUCAAAUCACAGAGGUGAAACGCAUACCUGCGGAGUCUGAAAGCAAGGCAGUGAAAGUGAAAAGCAAGCCAAUAGUUGUGCAAAGCAAAUUACUGGACAGUACCACCGAGCAUGAUGUAAAAACCUGGGAUGGCUGCACUAGCAGUGAACAGUAUAAACAAGAACAUGUACCAACCAAGAAGACCCAGUCUGCCAAACCUGAGCCCAACAUGGACUCACAAAAGAAAACUAAUGGGGUUGUGCUGGAUUUUAAAGCAGCAGCCAGUGCAACAGACAGCAUAAGUUCACAAUCGGAGCACACACUGCCUCGCUCUCUCAUGGAGGUGUCAUCACUAACAGAGGACUUGCCAGUUGAGAGUCCUGUGCGUCUUCUGAAAAAGGGAGCCUCCAGCCAGUUCCUGUCCCAAGCAGCAUCUAUCAACUCCUCACAAUCUAGUGGGCAGAGUCCAAACACCCUGGACAAAGAGACUCUUUCAAAUGCUGCGUCUAUCAGUGAGGAUCCAGAGAAGAAUGUAAGCAAAAGGACGGCGGUUACCAUUAAUGUAAUGCCUGUACUUGCAGCUUCAGAUGAGGAACCUAAGAAGAGCAUGUCUCAGUAUCAGUCUGAGGAGAAAGUUGAAGAUAAAGGAGGAGAGAGUGCGAGGGACGAGAUCGGUCAGUUAUCACAGGAAGAAGAAGAGGACAAUGAGAGUAGAGGACUGACAGACAGUGAGAGACUGGCGAAAGGAAGGGACAAGAGCAGCAGUGUGGAAUAUGGCAAAGAAGGAAGUAAAAGUGUUGGGCAGGUAACAAAUGAUGAUGGAGAAGCACAAGAUGAGACAAAUUGGAGCAUGUCGAGUGAAGGAGAGGAGACCGGAGGAGAGGAGAAAGAGGAAAAAAGUAAAACCGCGUCAGAGCAAGGAAAGGAUUGUGAGACAGAGCCUGAGGAAGAAACGAGCAGCCAUGUGUUGGAGGAAGGAGUGGAUGAAGAACUAAGUGAGGCUCAGAAUGUGGAGCAAGAAGAGGAAGAAAGCAGAAUGAGCUACAGGGAGGAAGAGAGCAGGAGAGAAUCGGGUAGAGAGAUGGAGAGCCGGGGCAGUGAGACAGAAGAGGAGGAAGGUGAGGAAGAGAGUAAAAGUUCUAAAUCUGAAAGUGUCAGUGCUGCUAAGGAGGAACAUGGUGAGGGGGACGAGAGUGAAGAGGAGGAAGAAGAGAAUAGUUCUGAAGAGGAGAAGGGGUUUAUAGGGAAAGAGAAAAAUGAGGGAGAGGAUGAAGAGGAAAGUGGAAAUGAAAGUGAGGCAGAGGGGGACACGGUAGAGGGUGGGAGUGAGAAAGACCAACAGGAGAGUGGGACAGAAGAGCAGGAAAGUGAAGAAGGAGAGAAAGAGAGUGAAAAAGAAGAGGAGAGUGAAGCAGGAAAGGAAGAGCGUGAGGAAGAGCGUGAGGAGGAGAGUAAAGCAGGAAAGAAUGAGAUUGAGGAAGAGAGUGAAGUUGGAAAGGAGGAGAGUGAGGAAGAAGAGGAGGAGAGUGAGGCAGGAAAGGAAGAGAGUGAGGCGGAGGAGGAGGAAAGUGAGGCAGGAAAGGAAGAGAGUAAGGCAGAAGAAGAGGAGAGUGAGGCAGAAGAAGAGGAGAGUGAGGCAGAAGAAGAGGAGAGUGAGACAGGAAAGGAAGAGAGUGAGGCAGGAAAGGAAGAGAGUGAGGAAGAAGAAGAGGAGAGUGAGGCAGAAGAAGAGGAGAGUGAGGCAGGAAAGGAAGAGAGUGAGGCAGAAGAAGAGGAGAGUGAAGAAGAAGAAGAGGAGAGUGAGGCAGGAAAGGAAGAGAGUGAGGCAGAAGAAGAGGAGAGUGAGGCAGGAAAGGAAGAGAGUGAGGAAGAAGAAGAGGAGAGUGAGGAAGAAGAAGAGGAGAGUGAGGCAGGAAAGGAAGAGAGUGAGGAAGAAGAAGAGGAGAGUGAGGCAGGAAAGGAAGAGAGUGAGGCAGAAGAAGAGGAGAGUGAGGCAGAAGAAGAGGAGAGUGAGGCAGGAAAGGAAGAGAGUGAGGCAGGAGAGGAAGAGAGUGAGGCAGGAGAGGAAGAGAGUGAGGCAGAAGAAGAGGAGAGUGAGGCAGAAGAAGAGGAGAGUGAGGCAGAAGAAGAGGAGAGUGAGGCAGAAGAAGAGGAGAGUGAGGCAGGAAAGGAAGAGAGUGAGGCAGAAGAAGAGGAGAGUGAGGCAGGAAAGGAAGAGAGUGAGGCAGAAGAGGAGGAGAGUGAGGCAGGAAAGGAAGAGAGUGAGGCAGAAGAGGAGGGAAUGGAAAGAGAAACAGAAAAAGAAGGGGAGGAUAGUGAGGGAGAGGGAAAAGAGAGUGGUGAUGGAGAGGAAGAAAGUGGAGAAGAAGAAGGAGGUGAGGAUAAUGAAGCAGAGGAAGAUGUAGCAGAAUCCGAGCAGAAUGAAGAUAACGAGAACGAAGCAGGGAAGUCAAAAGAAGAGAGUGAGGAGGAAAAAGAAGAGGAGGAAGGAGGUGAGCGAUCAGGAGAGCACGAGGAUAAAGAAGAAGGAGACCAGGAGGAUAAAGAUGAGGAGGAAAACGAACAGGAAGCGGUGGAGGAAGAAGAAAAUAAGAAGAAACGAAAAGGAAAUGAAAAACAAUCUAAAUUCCAGCACGGGAGAAAACGCUCCGAGUCUCAGGAGCCUCGACAGUUCUGGGAUGAUGUUCUCCCUCAGUACCUCAACUUAAAAUAAAUCCUCCGCCUCACUCUCACCUGCUUCCACGCUCUCAGUCUGAGGAGUGUUCUCCACACCGUUUCAUCUUCCUCAGACAUGCCACUCAGAAGCGUGUGUGUGUUUAUACUGAGGUUCAUGUCAGCACUUUCUCAUGAUGGGAAUAUCUCUAACGCCUUACAGAUGAUUGUGUACGUCAUCUGCAGCCGCCGUUUACUCCAGUGUACUGUAUACUCAUUUCUCUGCUUCCUGGUCGGAGAGGACUUUACUUUAUUCACGUAGUUAUUCAAAUUGUUAAAUGUAAAUUAAACUACUAAUUUUCAGUUUUAGUAAUUAUUCGACAUCUUUUGAAUGUCCCUCUUUGGUUAGUCUGAGCUAAUCUUUAUUCACAUGCUUGCAUACUAAUCAUUUGCUUUAUUUGCUGAGAAUCUACUGUAUAUCCACGGGGGAGGGGGGGGGGGGGUCAUGGUAACACUGCAAUAUUUUAAACAAUGGAAAUAAUGAAUAAAUGCACUGAGGAUGUGGGUGAGAGAUGUGUGUAUAUAUUAUAUAUAUAUAUGUGUAUGUUUACCACGACGUACUGAAACUCCCGAAUGUUCAGAAACGCGGAGUGAGGAAGUGGAAUGAGGGGAUUGCAAUUUGAGGUGAGAAUUUUCAACCCGUGGCAGUAAGCGUAGAUCCUCAUUCUCUGUCCCCUCGUGUGUUGUUUUUCUGUGUGAGGUGUGUGUGUGUGUGAGAGAGAGAGAGAGAGAG